AUGGCUUGCACUGACAGAGAACAUGAACACCCUGUCAGCAAAAGGAAUCAUGGGAAAUGCCGUAACGAUCCAAAGUGUAGAAAGUGUCAUUCCGCAAGAGAGUCAAUGGAGCACAUUGUAUCCUCAUGCCACGCGAUGAAACUAUUAUGUAUAAUACCAAGACACAACAUUGUAGUGAAAGUGAUACUCAAAGAGAUGCUGAAGUUCCACAGAAUACCUUACAAGCCAGGCGCAGUCUACCAGUCUGACACCAUUGAGAUCCUACAUGAAGCCAGAAUAGAUAAUGCACUGACCAAAACCAACAAACCAGAUCUAAUCGUUAAGAACCGAACCAAUCAAAAAUCAUCGAAAUAUCAUGAAAACAACAUUGUUAAAAGAAGCCGAGAUAAGAUUGAAAAAUACCAACCACUAGCAGCCGCACUUAAGAAGAGUAACCCAGACCACAAUGUAGCAGUCAUACCUAUAAUCAUUGGUGCCUUUGAUCAUCCGAUCCUCAAUCACCGGAACAGCCAGCCUGAUCAGCCACUGGCAAGGGUUAAAACUGUAAAAUUCAUAUUAAUGUCCAAUAGAAGUCAACAUACUAAAGCAACCAACUCUGUUUUAAUUAAACACAAAUUUAAAUAA